GGAAGACAUGGAAAUGGUGUCAAGUUCCAUUAAACUCGAAGUACCAGAAGGCUCAGAGGCUGUUUUAGUAAAGAACCUGUACCUCUCUUGUGACCCUUACAAUGAGGCUUAAAAUGACCAAACUAGAAAACUCAACCUAUUUGGCUGGGUACGAACCGGGCUCUGAGUUUCUGAAUUCCUGAAUUCCGGGCACCCCGAUUUUAAGGAAGGUGACUUGGUUUGGGGACUGGAUGGGAAGAAUUCAGCUUGAUAACAAUGAGCGAGUUUGAAACGCUUAGAAAAAUCACUGACAUUAAUGUACCUCUUUCCUACUACACUGGCAUUUUAGGUAUGCCUGGGUUGUUAGCACAUGUAGGGCUUUUUCAGAGCCGUCCGCUUAUAAAUGAAGAAUGUGUAUAUGUUUCAGCAGCAUUAGGAGCAGUUGGCCAACUUGUUGGCCAAUUUGCGAAAGCAAUAGGCUGCUAUGUUGUUGGUAGUGCUGGGUCCAAUGAAAAGGUUGAUCUAUUGAAGUCCAAGUUUGGAUUUGAUGGAGCUUUAGAGCAUGACUUGGACCAAAGUGUGAAAGAGUACUUCCUUGAAGGCAUAGACAUGUACUUUGAUAAUGUUGGUAAUGUUGGUGGAGUCGUGCUUGAUGCUGUGCUUUUAAACAUGAAAGACAACGGCCGAAUCUCGGUUUGUGGAAUGAUCUCUCAAUACAACAAAGAUGAGCCAGAAAUUGUAAAGAACCUCUUUUGCCUUGUAUUGGAGUGCAUUGAAAUGAAAGGGUUCAUGGUAUUUGAUUUUUGGGACUUGUACCCUUACUUCCUAGAGGCCACUAUUAGGCGCAUCAAGGAGGGGGAGAUAGUUUAUGUUGAAGACAUUGUAGAAGGUCUCGAGAAUGCUCCCUCGGCUCUCAUUGGACUCUUCACUGGCAAGAAUAUCGGCAAACAAAUAGUUCUGGUUUCUUGUGAAUAAUGCAUGUGGUUACUGUUGUUACCUGGCAAAAAGAUAGUGUUGGUAUUAUAUCUCUUCAUGUAAAGGCUUGCAACAUUGAUAUUGUGCAUAUGUAGUUUGGGUUGAGGCUUCUAUGUGAGCCCUUUGUGUUGGUUUUGUC